AUGGCCAAACCUCACCAUCUCCGCCUCCUUAUCUCCGCCACAGCAGUGGCGGCGCUCGUCCUUGCCGCCGCUGGAGAUGAUUUCAGCUGGGUCUCGACGGAAAAUUCUCAGGUGACCUGUCAAGGAUCGAUCGGGGAAUGCAUAAUCGACGGCGAGUUCGUGAUGGAUUCCGAGACCAACCGGCGCAUUUUAGCCAGCAACCGGCGGAAAUACAUAAGCUACGGUGCAAUGACGCCGGGCCAAAUCCCGUGUUCCCGGCGAGGCUCGUCGUACUACAGCAACUGCCGGAGGAAAGGGGCAGUUAAUCCCUACAGGCGGUCGUGCUCCAGCAUCACAAAGUGCCGGCGAUAA